GUGCAUCUGAGGGGCGGGACAGGAUGUUUACACCCGUCACAGCCAAUAAAAGCGACGCGAUCGAGUUCAAUAAGAAUGAGGUUUGAUCUCUCACAGUGGAUUUGUUAGAAAUUUCUGAAGACCUGAAAGCGAAGAUCAUGAUAAACUGGCGGGCUUUGGAAAAUGUCCCGCUGCUGCUGUACAUUCUUGCAGCCAAAACUCUUCUUUUGUGUCUUGCCUUUGCUGGGGCUAAACUGUAUCAGCAGAAGAAAAUAGAAGCAGCCAUUAAAAUGCAGUUAGAGCAAGAAAGAAAACUUACACAGGAAGCGAAGGAAUUUAUUGACAACAAGAAGGAUGACUGAACGUCAGCUUAAAGAAGCAGGAUAAGCAAAACAUGCAGGGUCCUUUCAGCGUGGUCGUACCUUUGACAGCUCUUCUGACCAGACCACAGUUGGGGCUUUUAUUUGUUUAUCUGCUAACAUUAAUUUAGUUUGCUACCUUUUUAUACAACCAUCCUAUUUAUUACUCUGUGAAGACUGUUUAUAUGUAAGAAAAUAAAUAAAUGAAUGCAUAUGGAUUAUUUAACAUGUUUUAUGCUUCUAUCAGUGUCCUGCUUAGAAGUGUGAAAUGAAGUAAUGUUUGUGUUAAUGUGAUGUUUAUAAGCAUUACUUUUCAUUUAUUUACAUGAACUUUUAAAGAUUACAUGUAAACAAGACCUACCUCUUCUAGCAGUACUUAAAUUAGUACUUGUAAUAAAAAAAAUCAUUUAAAAAAUAUA